AAGAGAAGGGAACUGUUGAAGCGGCGACUGAGGCCAGCGCGUCCACAGAAUUUGGAUAUAGAUCUUCAUCAGCCUUGCAUUUUCGAAUCUAUAUUAUUAAUCAUGGAAUCUGACUUACUUUUCAUACCUGGGGCUUGUGUGGCUGGAAGAUACAUUGUUCAGACAAAACUGGGAAGUGGAAGCUUUGCCACAGUUUAUUUGGUGCAGGAUUCAAAGUCUAAAUGCAAUGAAAACAAGAAAGUUUUAAAACGGAUUUUACUGGGAGAUCUGCGAGGAGAUGAGACUGUCUCAUUUGCCAAAGAGGCACAGCUUCUUUCCAGCUUACAACAUCCAGCAAUUGUUCAUUUCUACAGUAGUUUUGCAGAGCUGGACUCCUUUUGCAUAGUCACAGAAUACUGUGAGGGUGGAGACCUACACAAUAAAUUGUGUCAGCGUCAAGCUAUUAAAAAGUUGUACUCUGAAAAACAAGUAGUAGAGUGGCUGAUUCAGAUCCUACUUGGUGUACAGUAUCUACAUGACAGACUAAUUCUACAUAGAGAUCUGAAGACUAAAAAUAUUUUUCUUAAGGAGAAAAUGAUCAAGAUAGGAGAUUUUGGGGUGUCACGAAUUCUUGCAGGAUCAACAGAUUUUGCGAAGACAUUCACUGGCACACCUUUUUAUAUGAGCCCAGAGAUUUUCACCUGUGGUGAAUAUGACUCUAAGUCAGACAUCUGGUCCCUGGGUUGUAUAUUGUAUGAGAUGGCUACUCUGACUCAAGCUUUUAAUGCACACAGCUGGGUAAAGCUGGUGCACAAGAUUGUUGAAGAACCUGCUCCUGUACUCCCUGGCUGUUUUUCCAGGGAACUCAAUGAUAUACUACAAAGUAUGUUGAGCAAAGAUCCUGCAAACAGGCCCGCUGCUUCAGAAACUCUAAGAUUUCCGUUCAUUGAUCAGUAUGUUAAAAACUUGACCAGUGUGCUUCAAGAUCUGCUAGAAACUGAAGAGGCAUCCACUAUUUCAGAAGAAUCUGCCCAUAUUGCAGAAGUUGUGAAGAAAAAGGUACAUCUUGAAAGCCUGUGGGUAGCAGCCAAGGUGCAAGGGUUAGAUCCUAGAGAGAGGAGAAGACUACGCCAAGAUGAACAACCAGAAUUAGAUAAAAUGAGAAAAGCAGUUAGUGACCUUUAUCAACAAAAUAAGAAGAAAGGUUUGAAACUGAGAAACAAAACUAAACUGGUUAUCAGUCAACCUUCAGAUCAGGUGGAUUUUGGGAGCCUGAAAAUACAUGAUGAAAUCUUGGAUUUGGAGUCUGAUGAGACAGAGACGGACUCAGAUUCUGAUGAAAUGGAAGAGACCAUGAUGGCUUCAAUAUCUGAAUACUCAGAGGAGCAGAAUAGUACUCUUCGUGCCUACCAAAGCUAUUUGCUUAACAUAUUGGAGACUAGUACCAAAGGUCAGGAUCCCCAUAUAUCAUCAUACACAUCUGGAGAUAUACCCACGGAAACUAUUCAGUCAAAAAUUGAUCAGCUAAAGCAGAUAUGUAUAGACGAGUUAGGAAAUGCUGUUUUUCAGCAGAUUUACUGCUAUCUGAGAAGUGCAGACCAGAUCCAUAGCGGUAAUGAGCACAAAGAAAAUCAUACACCAGUACCACCACAAGCAUGGGACCAAAACUCAAAGUAUUAUGUCAUGAUUCAGCAGCUUCUGUUCUUAGAGGAGAAAAUGAAGCACAAUUAGGCUGAGAAAUACUUGUUGAUAUAUA